CGUACAGUCGCGUGUGUCAGUAGUGAAGUGAGUGUUUCAUCCAAUUCGCUGAGCAGCCAUCAGAGGGGACAAAAAAUAUGAUUUUUCUGUUCAUUGGAUCGAUGUUCCUGGUGUCGAGCAGCCACAGCAGUGUUUGGCCGCAUCAUGCACCGGUGGGUCUGGUACCGCCAGCAACAGGUGCUCUUCUGGCUACUGGUCCUUUGGGCGUCACAAUUGCAGAGCCGUUAGCAAUCAAUUCAGACCCUGUGGAGGCCACUGUCGUUGCAGGUCCGAAUUCCGGUGCCACUGUCGUCAAAGGAUCUGUUGCUGGCCCCGUCACAAUUAAAGCUGGAUCAAGUGCUGCAGUGCCGUUAGUGGCCGCUGAGGAAGUUGUAGGCUUGUCUCAAGGAUCAGUAACAGUACUUGGUCCAUCCGACGGAUCAAUCACCGUCACCGGGGGAUCGGGUGGCCCGCCAACGACAGCUGUAGUUGGUCCUUCAACUGGACCAGUUGUCAUUGCCGGACCAGACGCUGUCCAGGUACCAGCAAGCCCUGUGGUUGUUCCUGGGCCAAUAGUUGCUGAAGCUCCUAGCGUCGGAGUAGUUGGCGCCACGGGGGGUCCGGUUCUCGUCAAAGGAUCCACAUCGAGUCCCACAAUCAUCCAAGGUUCAUCGGAUGGACCAGUCGUUUCCCAAGAAAUUUUUGACAAUGCGAUACUCGUGAACGAACCAGCAGUGAAGUUGCUUACCCCGACAAUACCAGUUGUGGCCCUUGGCUCAGGAUCAACUGGUAACGUCGCAAUCGCUGGACCACGGCCUGUGACUACUGUUUUAUCCGGACCGUCAGGAACCAUAUCAACCUCAUGAAUAAAUUGAACAUUCGUUAUGCAGUUUGUGAAAAAGAAGCAUGGAUAAAUUCUAAUUAACAUUGAUGAGUUCACGACGAAUAAAUAUUUUGGUAGCUUCGUAAUAAUACAUAGGACCAUUAUCUAGCAUACGUGAAAUGACAUCGAAACUUAUGCCAUGCGUCUUAAACAGUCUCCGUAAGUCCACACGGUAAUAUUGCACAUUAAUAUCAGGGAGCUUAAUGAGCAUCGCUCUAUGAACCACUUGACACUCGUGCGCUCUGGAAUGCUGUUACGCGACAUGAUAUGACAUUGCACCAGUUCUCCAGUUAUCCGUGUAUAAAUGAGCGUGUUUCAGCGCGUACACAGGAGGCUUUUCACAACAGUUUUACAUUGAACCCUGACCUACUUAGAUUCCUGUGGAUUUUUUAGGCUGGAAAACAGUUAGAAAGAGCUUGAAUUUUUUCCAAAUAAACUUUGGUGUAAACGGAUAAAAAUAAUUGAAAUGGAAUGUUCAGAAUAUAUUUUUGAAGAACCAAAGGAAAAUAUUCCGGAAAUUACUGAAUCUGGAUUAUAAAAUUUUACUGGCUGUGAGCAAACAUAAAAUGGCAAAAGUCACAAUAAUUCGAAGCUCUGGUGUACCCGAUAUAAGAAUAGUAAAUUUAACGAGCAAGGAUGUCUCGUUAUAUUACAGUAUGUCCGAAAUAGUCAUUCCAAUUACUUCGAUUUCGCUGUUCACAUGGUUUUGAUGAAUUAGCAGUAUCUAUUUACUGAGACCAGAAAAGCCCACCCAGUUAAUCAAUCAUCGAAUGUAUCACAACAUGUAGUUCUGAAAAUUGAGUGGAAAAUUAGAACGUGACGCAGUUAAAUUACAAGCCUCAUCGAAAAUUGUUCAAUAAUGCAAACGAACCAGAAUUCGCUAUCACAUCACCUCAGUCUACGUAUAGGAUAAUAUCUCCACUAACGAUUCGUACGUCAGCAGGCUAUUUCUGUGGGAUGAUUCCAUUGGAAUA